GCAGGAUAUUUACCACACUCUACCACACUCGCUGACUGUAUUUCACCUGUCUUUACCUGCUGGACUAAACGCUGCAAUGAAUCUGUGUGCUGUUCUGCUGUUUCUCAUCGCCAGGGUCUGUGCGGAAAGUCUGGAGGGGCCAACAGCUGGCUGUACAUUUGAGGAAGACUCUGACCCCACACUCUGUGAAUACAGACAGGCACAGGAAGAUGACUUUGACUGGCAACUUGUACGGACCUACAGCUGGCCUCACAUGACUUCUGACCUUAUACGAGGCUCGUACAUGUUGGUAAAUGCUUCUCAGUAUGGUGCAGGACAACGGGCUCAGCUCAUGUUACGUCCGCUGAGUGAGAACGACACUCACUGUGUGCAGUUCAGUUACUUUCUGUACAGCCGUGAUGGACACAGUCCUGGGGGUCUGAACGUGUAUGUGCGUGUAAACGGUGGCUCACGGGGAAAUGCGGUGUGGAAUGUGUCUGGCUCUCAGGGGCGGCAGUAGGCAUUCAGGUGAGAGAUGGCAGUCAGCACCUUCUGGCCCAGCGAGUACCAGAUUGUUUUUGAAGCCACAAUCUCCUCCGAGCAGAAGGGUUACAUCGGCCUGGAUGACAUAGUGCUGUUAAACUACCCCUGCUACAAAGUGCCUCAUUUCUCCCGACUUGGGGAUGUGGAGGUGAAUGCAGGACAAAAUGCCACUUUUCAGUGUGUGGCAACCGGACGCUCCGUUAAGACUGAUCCCUUCCUUAUGGAGAGGCGUAAUGGUGUUCUGAUGGCCCCAUACUCUGUGACGUCAUCGAUAGGUGAGCGGCGAUUGGUUGCAUGGUUUCAGGUGGGAGGAGCCCAACGUGGAGAGCAGGACCUCUAUAGGUGCAUCACCCAGUCAACAUAUGGAGCUGCAGUGUCGAACUUUGCUGAACUUAUCGUUAGAGUCCCGCCCACACCGAUAGCUCCACCCCAGCUGCUGCGCUCUGGCCCCACCUACCUGAUCAUCCAGCUCAACACUAACUCUAUAGUGGGCGACGGGCCGGUAAUUCGCAGAGAGAUUGUGUACAGGGCCAGUCAUUCACCCUGGUCUGAAACACAUGGAGUCAACUCACUGACCUAUAAAGUCUGGCACCUGGAGCCAGAUACAGAAUAUCGCAUCAGUGUUCUUCUCACCCGGCCUGGAGAGGGUGGAACCGGCCCGCCUGGACCCCCACUGGUCAGCAGAACCAAGUGUGCAGAGCCCAUGCGUCCCCUCAGAGGUCUGACAGCUACGGAGAUUCAGUCGCGUCAGCUGCUUCUUCAGUGGGAGCCAGUUGGUUAUAACCUGACGCGCUGUCAUACAUACUCCCUGUCGUUGUGCUACCGCUACUCCACUGCCACUGGAGGAGGAGCCGGCGGGAAUAACGCAACAGUGAGGGAGUGUCUGUCUGUGGAGAGGAACACCUCCCGCUUCACACUCCGAGAUCUGCCUCCAUUUCACACUGUUCACGUGAGGCUGGCACUGGCCAAUCCAGAGGGCAAGAAGGAGAGCCGAGAGGUGACCUUUCAGACAGAGGAAGACAUUCCAGGAGGCAUUGCACCCGAAUCUUUAACCUUCACCCCACUGGAUGAUAUGAUCUUUCUGAAGUGGGAGGAGCCUCUGGAGCCCAAUGGUCUGAUCACACAGUAUGAGAUCAGCUACCAGAGCAUUGAAUCAUCAGAUCCUAGUAUCAACGUUCCAGGCCCACGGCGGACUGUUUCCAAACUUAAGAAUGAAACAUAUCACAUGUUCUCCGGGCUUCAUCCUGGCACCACAUACCUGGUGUCUGUUCGGGCCCGUACUGCUAAGGGCUUUGGCCAGACCGCCUUAACCGAAAUUACCACCAACAUCUCAGCCCCUGCAUUUGAUUAUGAAGAUGUCCCUUCUCCACUGAGUGAAUCUGAAAGCACCAUAACAGUCCUCUUGCGACCAGCCUUGGGGAGAGGAGCACCUGUUAGCACUUAUCAUGUGGUUGUGGUUGAGGAGGAUGGGUCCAGACAGGUGAGGCGGAGGGAAUUGGGUCACAUGGAGUGUUUCCCUGCUCCUUCUUCCCAUGGGGAGACUUCUGGAGGGGCAGGAGGUACACCACCUCAUUACUACACCGCUGAACUCUCGCCUAACAGCUUGCCCGAGGCUACGCCGUUCACUGUGGGGGACAAUCACACCUACAGCGGCUACUGGAACACACCUCUGGAUCCUAGCAAGAACUAUCUCAUCUACUUCCAGGCAUCCAGUAACUUCAGAGGGGAGACAAGGAUCAACUGCAUUCGAAUCGCUCGUAAAGUGGCCUGUAAGGACCAUAAGCAUGCUUUGGAGGUGUCCCAGCAUGCAGAGGACAUGGGGCUGAUCCUGGGGGCCUGUGCUGGGGGCCUAGUUGUUCUCAUUCUGCUGCUUGGAGCAAUUGUGGUUAUUGUCAAGAAAGGCAGGAAGAAGGUCAACAUAAACAAAGCGGUGAUGACAUAUCGUCAGGAAAAGACAUGUAAGCUGGGGUCACUGGACUGCAGUACGACAGAGCACAGUACACUUCAACAGGAUGAUCGCACUGCGCACACCUUCCUGGACUCUCAUAACUGCACUGCUAGGAAUGAGCAGCGCAGCACCGUCAAUGAGUCCAGCAGCCUGCUGGGUGGUUCUCCCAGAAGGCACUGCAGGAGAAAAAGUUCCCCGUACCACACAGGGCAGCUUCACCCAGCUGUGAGAGUGGCAGAUCUGCUCCAGCACAUCAACCAGAUGAAAACAGGCGAGGGGUACGGCUUCAAACAGGAGUACGAGAGUUUUUUUGAUGGUUGGGACAUCAAUGACAAGAAGGACAAGACUAAGGGGCGAAAUGACACCAUUUUAGGACAAGACCGCCACCGUGUCAAAAUGCAUUCCCUUUUGGCCGAUCCUAACUCGGACUAUGUCAAUGCAAACUACAUUGAUGGGUAUCAGCGCUCCAACCAUUUUAUUGCAACACAAGGGCCCAAGCAGGACAUGAUCUAUGACUUCUGGCGCAUGGUUUGGCAGGAGAACUGCUACAGCAUCGUGAUGAUCACCAAACUGGUGGAGGUGGGGAGAAUGAAGUGCUGUAAAUAUUGGCCUGAUGACAGUGAGCUUUAUGGAGAUAUUAAAAUCACUUUACUGAAAACAGAAACGCUGGCAGAAUACACCGUACGCACUUUUGCAAUGGAGCGGCGGGGUUAUCCUGCCAAGCAUGAGGUUUGCCAAUUCCACUUUACAUCCUGGCCAGAACAUGGUGUGCCCUAUCAUGCCACAGGAUUACUAGCCUUCCUCCGGCGGGUCAAAGCCUCCACACCGCCUGAUGCUGGGCCAGUAGUUGUCCACUGCAGUAUGGGUGCAGGUCGCACAGGCUGUUACAUAGUAUUGGAUGUGAUGCUUGAUAUGGCUGAGUGUGAAGGUGUUGUGGACAUCUAUAAUUGUGUGAAGACACUUUGCUCACGACGUAUCAACAUGAUCCAGACUGAGGAGCAGUAUAUAUUCAUCCAUGAUGCCAUACUGGAGGCCUGUCUGUGCGGAGAGACCGCCAUCCCCAUCACUGAGUUUGGGCUCUCAUAUAAGGACAUGUUGAGUGUGGAUUCUCAGACCAACACCUCUCAACUUCGAGAAGAAUUUCAGACUCUAAACUCUGUCACCCCGCACCUGGAUGUGGAGGAGUGCAGCGUCUCUCUGCUGCCCCGGAACCGAGAGAAGAACCGGAGCAUGGAUGUGCUGCCUCCUGACCGCGCACUUGCAUUUCUUGUCUCCAAUGAGGGUGAUGGCAACAACUACAUAAACGCAGCAUUGAUGGACAGCUUCCUCCAGCCUGCUGCAUUUGUGGUGACCCCGCACCCUCUGCCCACCACCACUACAGACUUCUGGAGACUCGUGUUUGACUACGGCUGUACCUCCAUCGUCAUGCUCAAUCAACUGAACCAGUCCAACUCAGCAUGGCCCUGUCUACAGUAUUGGCCUGAAACAGGAAUGCAGCAGUAUGGACCCAUGACCGUGGAGCUGCUCUCCAGAUCCACCGAUGAGAAUGUCGUCACUCGUCUAUUCAGGGUGAACAACAUCACACGGUUGCAGGAAGGUCAUCUGGUAGUGCGACAUUUCCAGUUCCUGCGCUGGUCGGCUUACCGUGAAAUCCCAGACUCUAAGAAAGCCUUUCUCAACCUGCUGGCACAAGUGCAGAAGUGGCAGAGGGAGUGUGGCGAUGGUCGCACCAUUGUGCACUGCCUGAAUGGUGGGGGACGUAGUGGCACUUUCUGCGCUUGCACCAUGAUAAUGGAGAUGGUGCAUCAUCACAACAUGGUGGACGUGUUCUAUGCUGUCAAGACUCUCCGCAACUCCAAGCCCAACAUGGUGGAGUCUAUGGAGCAGUACAGGUUCUGCUAUGAGCUGGCUCUGGAGUACCUGGACUGCCUGGAGGUCAGAUAACACAAGAGCUCAACACCUGAUCAACACUGGCUUCGACUUCUACUUGCCUCUUCUUUCCUUUUUUUCUUUUCCUUUUGCUUGGGUCAAUACAGCCCAUAUGAAUGAGCCUUUAUGUCCUCCAGUGAGAAUGCACAUCUACUUUAAGAGUGGGAAUGCAAAACUUGGCACAUUUCUUAAACCUUCAACCUCUAUUGUCCUCUGUGCUAUUUUUGUUUUGACAUUUUCUGUGCCAGAUAUUCCUGCCAAACCCUUGAGGACACUGAUGAGAUUUGAGAUUAUGACAUAUAUCUUUGAUAACAUGACUAGCUCUGAGCUCUGCCUCUCUCUGCCUUAUACACCAAGCAGAAGGAAAACACACAGAAUUUUAACAAAACCAUGGGGCUGCAACAGUGGCAACAUGAGUGAUAUUGUGUUUGUACAUUAAGUGUAUUGUUUAACUCUCUAUGGAGCGAUCUACUGUGGUGAUUUUACCAGAAAGCUUACCUUGAAUAUGAAGAGACAGUGGCUGAUGGAAGUUUACGUUUUACUGAAACUACUGACAAGGUGAUGUGUGUAAUUUUUUGAUGUUAAUAAUUUGCCAGGAUUGCUUGUGUUGAGAAAAUGGAUUGAUUUUUCUUAAAAGUGUAACACGUUGUCACUAAUUAAACAUUAUUUGGAUUGUUGAUCAAACUAUGGCAUGCGUUUGGGGCAGGAAUAUUUGUUUGUCUGACAAAUGUCAGAUCGAAAAUUGUUUUUUCUUUCUUUUGCAUAAAUGUAAUACUUGUGGCUUAUAAAACUUACACACUUCACCUUUAAGUCAAAGUGACACUUACAAAUUGACAGGCAAUUCAGAACUAUAGGUAUGGAGAUGGUUUCUGAGGUUAAUUCUUGGUUUUUUUUGUGUGUAUAUAAGGUAUAUUUUGCAAAAAAAAAAAAAAAAAGGAGAGAAAUGUUUCUAGAUGUUGUCUUUAAUGUGCCAACUCAUCUUUGUAUGUAUGUAUGUAUGUAUGUAUGUAUGUAUGUAUGUAUGUAUGUAAGUGUGUGUGUGUGUGUGUGUGUGUGUGU